AGUCUUCUGCUUUGGUCACCUCAUCAAUGAAGGGCUGAUGUUGGGACAGGAAUUCAUUAACUUUAUACAAGAAUAUCGGGUAGAUCUUGGCUGCGGAGAUACCUAUUCUAUGAUUCAUCACAUUAUUAGGCCAGCCUAUUCCUUUUAUCAACUCUUCAUUGUCUUCAAGUACUCCAAUAUAAUUAUUAACCGCCACAAAGUUCUAGCUUGCUUUGCAUUGAUGCAUAUAAUGGCUUCCUGCCUCUGCUUUUGGUUUGGAACAAUUCUAGAAGAAGCUUUAGAAGAAUAUCAUCACGAUGAAAAUGACGUAACAAUCGAAGAUCUAAAGAAAAAUGCUACUCAACUCAUCUUUUCAG